CCGGUGCGUAAUUCCCACUGCCCCUUGGCAGCCCGGAGCUCUGCUGAGACUUGGCCUCCGCUCUCCCCCCUCCGCCCUGCCUUAUUGCGCGACGUCGCUCAGCCGGGGAGAAGAAGUGCGACGGACGUGUCGCUGCGUCGCGCGCUCUCAGGUGCGCUCCUGCGGCCGUGUGGAACGCUCUUCCGAGGUUAGGACGCCACCGGAGCUGUGCACCUUUAAAUCAUCUCGAUUGACAAAGUAAUUCUAUCAGAACCACUUUGUGUGUGUGCAUGUAGAUUGUUGUCCUCCCUCCCCGCACCUCCGAUUACCACGGUUGGCUACGUACGGUGCGAAAGAAGUUCAACGUAUAUCCAGGAGGGACCGAGUGAGACGGAGAUAAUGAGGCUGCCAUCCAGACCGACGGGCGAUCCUGCUGCUGCUGCUCCUGCUGCUGCUGCUCUCGCUGCUUCUCCUGCUUCUCCUGCUACUGCUGCUCCUGCUGCUCCUGCUGCUGCUGCAAGUCUGUGUAGAGGAGGCUGCCAUGGCCGAGCUGUUCGCAGGACGAGUUCUGCUGAGCGCGGGCGACGAGGAUGACGACGACGACGACGCCGCGGGGGGUGGACGCCGCGAGGUUGACGCCGAGGCGGCGCUGCGGAACCGCGUGGUCGCCCUGCACUUCUCGGCGCUGCGCUCCCCGUGCUGCCGCGACUUCGCGCCGGCGCUGGACGCCUUCUGCGAGUCGCUGCUGCGGACACGGCGCCGUCCGCCCGCGCCGUUCGCGCUCGUCCUCGUGUCGGCGGACGACAGCGAGGUGGACAUGAGGGCCGCGGUGCGCGGUGGACACCGGGACUGGCUCGCCGUGCCCUGGGACGACCCGCUCCGCCUGGAGCUGCGGGAGCGCUACGGCGUCACGUCGCUGCCGCGUCUCGUCAUCGUGCGGGAGAACGGGGCCGUGAUCACGGCCAGGGGCCGGACGCAAGUGCGCGACUGGGGCUCCAGGGCCUUCCAAGGCUGGCUGAACGCUUCCGAGGUCUUCCACAACUUCCCCGAGUCCUGAGCCCGAGGCAAACUCCUGCUCAUCGCUCGCCACGACCCAAGCCAGCCACGCCACGUUGUCCUCACUCAGCCUCCCGGCUCAUCCGCGACUGGGUCAACUCCACCGUGCAUCCUCGUACGUUUAAACCACGACUACAUGUCACGGGCCACCGGCUGAUUCUCUUGUGGCGACACUCUCGUCGAUUACUGGAGCGAAUCACGCGGCUUACCACCGCGCCACCGCUCCCCACUCACUCACACGGUGCGCUAACCACUGCGCCACCGCUCCCCACUCACUCACACAGUGCGCUAACCACCGCACCACCGCUACCCAUUCACACAGUGCGCUAACAACUCCACCACCACUCCCCACUCGCUCACACAGUGCGCUAACCACUGCGCCACCGGUUUGCCGUAAUGGACGAGUCACACUGCCCAAUUUACAGAUGAACUCAUAACCGUGAGCAGACAUCCAGUAGCCCAAUCCGGGCGUGACUUGGAGGGGGAUGGGGACGUUUUUGUUUGGAAAUUAUUGGGCAUGUUCCACUUUCCCUUCACGUCCACCAUCAGGAACGCCGGUGGAGUGGUAAUCGCCGGCUCGUGGGAUCGCCUGUGGCGUGGGGAGGCGUCAGUGUCCCGUCCCUUUACUGGCGAGAUGUUAACUACCUCGCCUGGUGUGCAGGAGGUCGUGGGUUCGAUCCCUACCCCUGACGCCUGCUGCUGCUAUAUAUUUGGAGUUUGCGAUCCCUACCCCUGAUGCCUGCUGCUGCUAUAUAAUUGGAGUUUGCGUCUCUCUCUCUCUUUCUCCGUGGUCGCAUGGAUUUUUUUCCCCCUCCACAUUUAGAAUCACGCGUUCAGAUUAUUUAGCCGCUAUACAUUUCCACAUAAGCCACCUCGUUGAGAUAUCAUUCAUGGCCAGGUCGCUUCUGAAAAAUAAACUAAUAGCUCAAUGGGCUUUACCUGGUAAAAUAAAAAAAUAGCUCAGUUUUAUUUGUGUGUAAAUAUAUUACUGAUUUGCUUAACUUUCCUAUAAUUUGCACUCCCAUCACGUUUCUGUACUGU